UGGCUUGCUUACCUCUGGCCAGUGUGAUGUGAUUGUGGCCGGUGGUGUCGAAUUAAUGUCCGAUGUUCCUAUUCGUCAUUCAAGGAAAAUGAGGAAAAUGAUGCUUGAUCUCAACAAGGCCAAGACUCUGGGCCAGCGACUAUCUUUACUCUCUAAAUUCAGAUUGAAUUUUCUAUCACCUGAGCUCCCUGCGGUGGCUGAGUUUUCCACCAGCGAGACGAUGGGCCACUCUGCAGACCGACUGGCCGCUGCCUUUGCUGUUUCUCGACUGGAACAGGAUGAAUAUGCACUGCGCUCUCACAGUCUGGCCAAGAAGGCACAGGAUGAAGGACUCCUUUCUGACGUUGUACCCUUCAGUGUACCAGGAAAAGAUACAAUUACUAAAGAUAAUGGCAUCCGUCCUUCCUCACUGGAACAGAUGGCCAAACUAAAACCUGCGUUCAUCAAGCCCUAUGGCACAGUGACAGCUGCAAACUCUUCUUUCUUGACUGACGGUGCAUCUGCAAUGCUGAUUAUGGCAGAGGAAAAAGCUCUGGCCAUGGGUUAUAAGCCGAAGGCAUAUCUGAGGGACUUCAUGUAUGUGUCUCAGGAUCCAAAAGAUCAACUAUUACUUGGACCAACAUAUGCUACUCCAAAAGUCCUAGAAAAGGCAGGAUUAACCAUGAAUGAUAUUGAUGCUUUUGAAUUUCACGAAGCUUUCUCAGGUCAGAUUUUGGCUAAUUUUAAAGCCAUGGAUUCUGAUUGGUUUGCGCAAAACCACAUGGGUAGAAAAACCAAGGUUGGAUUGCCUCCCUUGGAGAAAUUCAAUAACUGGGGUGGAUCGCUGUCCCUUGGACACCCGUUUGGAGCCACUGGCUGCCGGUUGGUCAUGGCAGCUGCCAACAGAUUACGGAAGGAAGGAGGCCAGUAUGGCUUAGUGGCUGCCUGUGCAGCUGGAGGACAGGGCCAUGCUAUGAUAGUGGAAGCUUAUCCAAAAUAAUUGCUGCAGAAGAGGUGACCUGAAGUUUUUGUGCAACACUCACACUAGGCAAUGCCAUUUCAAUGCAUUACUAAAUGACAACUAUCGUUCCUAGCUCCUCUUAGGAAAACAAUACUUGUGGCCUUCUGUUAAAUACUUUGCAACUAAGCCUUGCCAGUGUUCUGAGCUUCUCAAUAACUACAGCUUAUUUUUCUUUCAGGGAUUUCUAAGCCACCAGAAUCUCACACAGAUAUGUGUAAACAGUUGUUUUUGGUGUCUGUUGUCAUUAAAGACUAAAUGAGUGGUUGCAAUUGGGAAAGUGGUUGACUGAGAUUUGGAGUUAUCUUUGUGACAUUUGCAAAUUAUACUUGUCCCUGUCUGUGUCUUAAAGAUAAGUGUUUUCUAUAAAAUACAAACCAAUGUGCCUACAUUAACUUAAUUAUGGAAAAAAUGAUUCAGAAUCUAAACAUGACUGAAAACGUAUAAUAAAAGUUAAAUACAUAAAUCCCAUGAUGGUCAACAUUAAUAAAGUAGAGAAGGAUUGG